CAGCUGCUUAUCUAUGGUCAACUGGUUGUUUGUGUUUUGUAUUUUAACGGUUACUCGGAUUUCGUCUUUAGCCAUAGUUUCUAGCAUUUUUAGUAGUUUGCUGUUCGGUUGUUCUUUUUUAUCGUGUGAUAUUAGUCUUGUGAAAAGGGACAUUUUUUUAUAAUUUAUGUACGAAUUGUAGAACUAAGUUCAGCAGAAGAAUCUUUAAAGGUGUAAGAAAUGUUUAUAUCCAUAUUCAUUUAUUUAUAAUAUAAUUUAGAAAUCUUUGGUGGAAUGAUAUUUAAUAUUGAUUAUUGGAUUUCACCUUCGAAUCUUGGCAGCCCAAUUUAUUUUGCUACAUUGCUAAAAAAUAACAAAACGUAUAGUGGUUUUUUAACAGUAUUCAAUGUAAAGUAAUAAUUAUUUUAUAUCUUAUUUACGAGCUAGAGAAAGUAUACUGAUAGACUUUUCUACUAGUACACGAUCAUACUUGGUUGGACUGUUUUUUAUGAUAACAAUGACAUAUUUUCGAAGGACUCAAAGAACUCAAACAACUAUAAAUGAAUAUUUCUCCUUGGAACCGAUUAAUGAAAAUAGGAAACGUAAAAUGAGGGGUUUGUCCUUAAAACAACAAUUUGGGUCAGAAGAAUGCACAGAAAAGUACAAAAUUUUACAGGACAUAUUGAAAAAAAGUAAAGAUUUCGUAAAAGAUAAUCCACAUACGCAAAAUGUAAAUUUCAUAUUCAUGGCACUUGAUCAAAUAAUUUCAGAUAAGUAUUUUGGAUCUAAGUCUAACAGAAAAAUAUUUUAUUGCACCGUGAAAAAGAUAAUUCGAAGAUCCAGGUUCGAAUGUAUCUACCGACGUGAGUUAUAUCAAGGAUAUGAUUAUACAUGCAUGACUUGGUUGACACGUGAACAAGAUUUUGUGGUGGUGAACGAAUGGGUAUUGAAUCGUAUUGUUAAACCGAUCAUUAACAAGUAUUUUUUUGCUAUGAAAGAUAUCAACACCAAUUAUGGGUUAAAAUUAAUUCCCAUGAGAAAAUGGUUUUCUUUUCAAACCAGAGUUAUUCAAAAUAUGAUUAAGAACCAACACCUACAACCACUCUCGUGCAAUCCUACAUGCAUCAGAGGAAAAUUAUCUAUUUUAAUGAAAAAAGACAUAAAUAAUGUUGAAAGUUAUCGUCCAAUUGUAUUGCUGAACAAGAAUUCUAGGGGUAGUGAAUCGAGGAAGAAAUUAAAAGAAAUUGCAGCUUCAAUUCGAAAAUUAGCGUCUGAAAUGUGUGAUACGAAAACUAAAUAUUUUUAUCAAGAGUGGUCAAAGUUUGUAGAAGAAACGGGUUAUAAAAAUAUUUACGGUGCAGUAGCGGACGUUAAAGAUGCUUUUGGUAGUAUAACAACUAAGAAGAUGUCUAAUUUAUUAGACAAGCUUGUUGAGGAAAAGAAUAUGGAAAGUGCUAAAGGAUAUUACAUCAAAGCUCAUAUACGCAACCAAAAUGUAAUAUAUCAGUUUACACGUAAAGGAAUUCCUCAUAUAGGAAGAUGGAAACACGGUUUAUUACAGGGUGAUAUUCUUUCUUCAGCCUUGUGCCAGUUAUACAUAAGCGAUCUCGAUCGGCAGUACUUGACGGGAUUUUCUCAAAACUUUCUCCUUCACCGUUCAACAGACGACUAUUUCUUUUGUACAACAAACCGAGAAGAUUUAACAAAAUUUAUGGCAAUAAUGAAAAAACAUUAUAAAAUAAAUGUGAAUAAGUUUCAAUCCAGCAUAAUCAAUGAUAAUAUACUCUUAUACAACGGAAAUAUAUUUAUAAUGGGCAGUAAAGAAAUAAAGUGCCACUAUAAAUUUAAAAAAGGCAGUUUGAUGAAGCAUAAAUGUAAAUUCUGGAAUUUGAGGAACCAGGUGGCGUACGAACGACUGGACUUAUUUAUUAAAAGAACAUUGGAAUUUCCUUGUAAUAAUUAUUUUUUUAGUAAGAUGUACAUUAAUACAGUAUUUAACAGCUAUGCGACCGUUCUGGAUAACUUUUUCGAAGGGAUGGUAUAUAUUGCUUUAAAAUUUGAUGCUGCAGUAGUAGCGGCGUAUCGAGAAAAUAUUCCAUCAGGACUUCUCAUCGAAGUAAUUAAAACAGUCUUUAACAGAUAUUGCAAAAAAUGUAUAGGUAUACUAAACAAAAAUGCAAAAAAUGACGAAAAUACAAGAAUUAAUUCGAAAAGUCACUUUUAUAAACUAAGCAUUCUAGCAUUUCAAUUGGUUUUGAAAAAACGAAAAUGGUUGUAUGGUGACACUAUUAAACAACUGAACGUAAUGAACAAAUCGCACGUUGUUCUGCAGAAAUGUUACAUCAACAUGCAACGCUUUAGGAAAAUUCCAGAUGUGUUUAAAUAUUUAAAAAUUGGGACCUGUAUUCGUUAUAAAAAAAUAUGUAAUAAAAAAUGUUAAAAGAUUUUAUUUUUAAUACAUUGUUUCUGUAUUUUAAACGUUGUUAUACUAGGUAAUAGUGUUUUAUACAAAUUUUGACAUGUAACACCGUAGAAAGAUUACAGAUGUGUUUAAGGAUUUGAAAAUUAGCACUUGUUUUCGUUUUAAAUUAAAUAUGAAGUGAAAAAUGUUAAAAGAUUUUUAUUUUAAUACGUUAUUUUCUUAUUUUAAAUGUUAUUAUACCAUGUAAUAGUGUUUUAUACGAAUUUUGGCAUGUAACAAUAUAGAAAGAUUACAGAUGUGUUUAAGGAUUUGAAAAUUAGCACUUGUUUUCGUUUUAAAUUAAAUAUGAAGUGAAAAAUGUUAAAAGAUUUUUAUUUUAAUACGUUAUUUUCUUAUUUUAAAUGUUAUUAUACCAUGUAAUAGUGUUUUAUACGAAUUUUGGCAUGUAACAAUAUAGAAAGAUUACAGAUGUGUUUAAGGAUUUGAAAAUUAGCACUUGUUUUCGUUUUAAAUUAAAUAUGAAGUGAAAAAUGUUAAAAGAUUUUUAUUUUAAUACGUUAUUUUCUUAUUUUAAAUGUUAUUAUACCAUGUAAUAGUGUUUUAUACGAAUUUUGGCAUGUAACAAUAUAGAAAGAUUACAGAUGUGUUUAAGGAUUUGAAAAUUAGCACUUGUUUUCGUUUUAAAUUAAAUAUGAAGUGAAAAAUGUUAAAAGAUUUUUAUUUUAAUACGUUAUUUUCUUAUUUUAAAUGUUAUUAUACCAUGUAAUAGUGUUUUAUACGAAUUUUGGCAUGUAACAAUAUAGAAAGAUUACAGAUGUGUUUAAGGAUUUGAAAAUUAGCACUUGUUUUCGUUUUAAAUUAAAUAUGAAGUGAAAAAUGUUAAAAGAUUUUUAUUUUAAUACGUUAUUUUCUUAUUUUAAAUGUUAUUAUACCAUGUAAUAGUGUUUUAUACGAAUUUUGGCAUGUAACAAUAUAGAAAGAUUACAGAUGUGUUUAAGGAUUUGAAAAUUAGCACUUGUUUUCGUUUUAAAUUAAAUAUGAAGUGAAAAAUGUUAAAAGAUUUUUAUUUUAAUACGUUAUUUUCUUAUUUUAAAUGUUAUUAUACCAUGUAAUAGUGUUUUAUACGAAUUUUGGCAUGUAACAAUAUAGAAAGAUUACAGAUGUGUUUAAGGAUUUGAAAAUUAGCACUUGUUUUCGUUUUAAAUUAAAUAUGAAGUGAAAAAUGUUAAAAGAUUUUUAUUUUAAUACGUUAUUUUCUUAUUUUAAAUGUUAUUAUACCAUGUAAUAGUGUUUUAUACGAAUUUUGGCAUGUAACAAUAUAGAAAGAUUACAGAUGUGUUUAAGGAUUUGAAAAUUAGCACUUGUUUUCGUUUUAAAUUAAAUAUGAAGUGAAAAAUGUUAAAAGAUUUUUAUUUUAAUACGUUAUUUUCUUAUUUUAAAUGUUAUUAUACCAUGUAAUAGUGUUUUAUACGAAUUUUGGCAUGUAACAAUAUAGAAAGAUUACAGAUGUGUUUAAGGAUUUGAAAAUUAGCACUUGUUUUCGUUUUAAAUGAAAUAUGUAAUGAAAAAUGUUACAAUAUUUUUAUUUUUAAUAUGUUAUUUUCCUGUUUUAAAUGUUGUUAUACUAAGUAAUAGUGUUUUAUACAAAUUUUGACAUGUAACACCGUAGAAAGAUUACAAAUUUGUUUAAGGAUUUGAAAGUUGGUAUGUGUGUUCAUUAUAAAAAAAUGUACUCGGAGUUUAUUUUUAAUUUUAAUGCAUUAUUUCUUUAUGUAUAUAAAUAUUACUUAUAACAAUAGUGUUU